AUGAUGAUCAUUUGCGUUGCAGUGGUGGUGACCUCGGCUCCAGCUAACGAGGCGGAACUUCAACUCUACAGGGUUAUGCAGCGCGCCAGCCUCCUGGCAUACUACGAUACGCUGCUAGAAAUGGGUGGUGACGAUGUCCAGCAACUAUGUGACGCGGGCGAGGAGGAGUUCCUGGAGAUCAUGGCGCUAGUCGGCAUGGCGUCGAAACCGCUCCACGUGCGCCGUCUCCAGAAGGCGUUGCAGGAGUGGGUGAACAACCCGGCGCUGUUCCAGAUCCCCAUCGUGCCCAACAUAUGCCCCACCGAGAACCCGUUCAUCCAGUGCAACCAAAGACUGCUGAUCCCGCCAACUUUACCCACCGUCCUGCCACGUACGAUAGCGUCCCCCGAGAGCAGUAGACCAAUGUACAGCCCGUCCCCAGGCGCUCCUGACAAUAGCUGUGGCUCCACCACCUCCGCCCCAAACGUCAGCCCUGUGCACAGCCAAGCGACGUUCACCAAGAUCGUUCUGCCUUCAUCGCCGGCCGCCACGCCGGUCACCACCACCGCCAGGUCGUUCUCCCCCCAGAGCGCUUGUCCACCGGCCUCCUCAGGGUCCAGUCCGAGCUCCGUGACCUCCCCCGUCCAGCUGACGCCGGUACUGCUGGACGUGCACGUGCAGAAGCUGGCGGCGGCAGCGGAGAAGCUGAGCAAGCACCUGCCCCAGUUGGAGCCGAAGCCGCAGAACGCCAAGAAGAAGAUGUGCAAAGACCUGGAGCUGGUGAUGAUGAUGCCUGAAUCGGAUCCGAGGAGGAUGGAAGAGAUAAGGAAGUACGCGGCGAUAUACGGCAGGUUCGAUUGUAAGCGGAAACCUGAGAAGCCGCUAACGUUGCAUGAGGUGAUGGUGAAUGAGGCGGCGGCUCAGAUGUGCCGCUGCGUGCCAGCCCUGCUGACGCGACGUGACGAGCUGUUCCCCCUCGCCAGGCAGCUCGUGCGUAGAGCUGGCCUCCACUACUCCAAGCACGGCCUCCCGCCAAACGCGCCGCACGACGACCGCGAACGGGAUGAAGACGAGACACCGAGCAAACGGCCGCGGCAGGUCGCGCCAAUCACACAUGAUUGCGACGAAGGCAACGGUGUCCACGCAAGUCCUGAUGCGGUAAGAGGUGCUUCGAAUCAUAGCUGGUGGGGAAUGAAGGCUGAAAGCGAUGAUGCAGACUCGCGAUGUUCCUACUCCAGCACCAGCACUCCACCGCCGGAGGCGGAGGAGAGUCGGCCCCAAGUGGUGGCGGCGCGUGGCGACAGCAUCAUCGCCGUCGCCAACCCCGCCCUGCAGCCGCCGCUGCCCCACUCCCCGCACCCCGCUCACCCCGCCCACCCCCCGCACCCCGCCAGGAACCACUCGAAC